AUGUUGGCGGGAAUUGAGUUGAGAAGAGGUGGCGUGGCAGUUGCUGAUUGGUGGGGUCAGGAUAUUACAGAAAAUACGUGGAAAGAUGAGGAACGGGAACAGAGUGAGGGAGACGAAGAGGACGGCGGCGAGGAGGGAAGGAGAGACGACAAGCAAACAGGAGAGAAUGAGGCUGACGUGGCAUGGGAGAUUAAAGCGGAGGAGGAGGAUGAGAGUGCUGAAGUGGAGGUAGAGGUGGUGGCGGGUCAAGGGGGUAAGGGAGAUGGUGCUGCUAGUGCUGCUGGUGGUGCUGGUGGUGCUACUGGUGGGGAGAAUAAUAGGCUGGAGGAAGAGUUUUGGGCGGCGCAUUGCCCGCUGGUGUGUGACGUGGCAGCCACCUUGCCACUGUUCACCCACGACAAGCAGACCCUAUCAUCAUCAAUAUCCGCAUCUCUCUCAGCCAUUCAAGCUGACGUCAUCAGCCCUCACGCCCUCUGGUUGCUGCACCCACCACAACCGCCUUCCGCUGCCACGUCAGCAGCUGCCAGCUCAGCGUCAGCUGCCAGCGCUGCUGCAGGAGCCGUGCGGCCGAUCCUGAUUGGCUCUCUGCCAAACGGAAGAGCCCCAGCAGCCAAUGGCAGCAUGACACGUGGCAGGAAUGGUGGGGGGACCUCAGAGGAGAUGGUGUGUGGUGAUCUGCUGACGUCCGCAGAAGGUGGAGGGGGAAAGGGAGGAGGAGGAGAGGGGGGAGGAAAAGGGGGAGGUGCGAGAGGGAAAGGGGGAAAAGGGGUCGCUGGUGGUGGGGGAGGAGGGGGAGGAAGAGGAGAAACGGUAGCUUCGAAAAGAGUAUGUUGCUGCUGGUGUUGUGCUGGUGUUGAUGGUGCUGUUGAUGGUGCUGUUGAUGGUGGUGUUGAUGGUGAUGUUGAUGGUGCUGUUGAUGGUGGUGUUGAUGGUGAUGUUGAUGGUGGUGUUGAUGGUGCUGUUGAUGGUGCUGUUGAUGGUGGUGUUGAUGGUGGUGUUGAUGGUGGUGUUGAUGGUGAUGUUGAUGGUGCUGUUGAUGGUGGUGUUGAUGGUGGUGUUGAUGGUGCUGUUGAUGGUGCUGUUGAUGGUGCUGCUGGUGUUGUGCUGGUGUUGAUGGUGCUGUUGAUGGUGCUGUUGAUGGUGCUGUUGAUGGUGGUGUUGAUGGUGGUGUUGAUGGUGGUGUUGAUGGUGGUGUUGAUGGUGCUGUUGAUGGUGGUGUUGAUGCUUGCAUCAACCACACGUGUCUCUUUGCUGCUCAACCAAUCGCCACCCGCCACGUCAGCAUCCGCGGGGCAGAAUGGUGCACCUGUUGGCCUCAGCUACACCCCAGCCGCCCCCAGCAUCCACCUGCACCAGAUAAGCCUGUCCCUAAGCAGCCUAGUCUUCGCCCCUCAGCAGCUGUCUCUCCGGGCGGCAGUGCGUCGUCUCGUAGUGCCGGGGCUGCUGCGGCAAGUCAAGGCGAUAGAGUGGAUGGUGGGCAGUGAGAGAGAAGAAAGACAGGAGGGUGAAGGGGGGAAGGGAGGCAAGGAGGAGGGGAAGAGGGAGAAGGGGGCAGGAGCAAUAAGUGCGGAUGGGAGAGAAGUAACAGGGGAAGCAGCAAAGGAAGCAGCUUCAGCCGUUUCUUUCCCUUUCCAGCUAGGACUGAGAUUUGGAGCACACCACUUCUUGCUGCCGGCCUGCCCACACCCUUUCACUGUCAUCUACCCUCUCACGUAUGGGGAGGGGCAGCAGAGCCUGCUGGACAUGCGCUUGACACUGCACCACCGCCUGGGCCUGCCCCUCGACCGCCCCAUGCUGCGCAUUGCCUCGUCUCUCUCCCUCGCUACCCCCCCUGCGGCACCGGACGCCACCCAAGCAUCCUCAAAAGGUCUGCGCCUCUGGGAUGUGCACGUGAGCCUUCCCCGUCUGCCGCAUUCUGCAGGGUCUAAGCAAUACCUGGUGCAGGGCUCCUACGAGUAUUACCAUUACAUGCAAGACAGGGUCAACGACAGUGGGUGGGGCUGUGCCUAUCGCUCGCUGCAGACCAUCGUGUCAUGGUUCCGCAUUCAGCAGUACACCUCUAUACCUGUGCCAACCCACAGGCGCAUUCAGCAGGCGCUAGUGGAGAUAGGGGACAAAGAGGCGGCGUUUGUGGGGUCCAGCCAGUGGAUCGGCGCCAUCGAGCUCAGCUUCAUCCUGGACCACCUGCUGGGGGUCACAUGUAAAGUCCUCACAGUCUCAUCCGGAGCAGACAUGCCUUCUAAGGGUCGACAACUAGCCCACCAUUUUUCCACCCAAGGCACCCCGGUGAUGAUAGGAGGUGGGGUUCUAGCGUACACUCUAUUAGGUGUAGACUAUGACGAGGCGACGGGGGAGUGCGCGUUUCUGAUUCUCGAUCCGCAUUAUACGGGAGGGGAGGAUUUGAAGGCGAUAAGGAGCGGCGGUUGGGUUGCUUGGCGAAAGGCCAAGACGGACGGCGGGGCGGAUUUUUUCGUCCGCGAUGCGUUUUACAACCUGCUGCUGCCGCAACGGCCGGCUACUGUGUGA